UAAUUAACAAUAAUCAAAUAUAUAAUUAACAAAAAUUUAUUAAAUCGUAAUAAAUAAUAAAUUGAUUAAAAUAUGUCAUGUAAUUAUUAAUAAAAAUAUAUUAAUAUAAAAAUAUCAUGAAUAUCGUAUAUUUAUUGAAAUAAUAAGGUGUUCUUUGUAUUUUCUUUACAAUUUAUUCAAAAUGAAACUUCAUUGUAACAUAGAAAUAAAUAACAGAUUAUCUACAACAAAUGUAAUAAGAAGAAAAUCACAACGUUCCAUUCUAGCAAUUGGAAGACAAACGGUAAAAAAUACGGAGAUUUAUAUAUUUUGGCAAACAUUACAAAAUAAACAGGGUACUAAAUAUAAGAUUGAUAAUAAUGUGGAUAAAAUAUUUACAAAAUUCAUUGAUGAAGGAAAAGCUACAAUUCGCUUUAUUGAACCACCUCAUGAUUUAAUUAUUCAAUCUGAUACAAUUCAAUUAAAAAGUUUCAUUCAUACUUUAAAACUUGGAAUAACCAAAAAAAUUAAUCCUUCAAUUCUUAAUAUUUCAAAUUUGAAUCCAAAAUGUAUGACUUUUGUUCCAAAAAUCAAAGUAGCAAUUAAUAAAUCUUCUGAAUAUCCAACUUUAGAAGGUUUUCCAAGAACAACUGAAGAAUUAUAUUUAAUAGGAUUAAAUAGAAAAUCAUUUGACAGACAAAUUUUAAAACUUCAGAGUUUAAGGAUUUUAAAUUUGUCAAACAAUCAGAUUUCAUCUUUGCCAAAAGAACUAGGCACUUUACAACACCUACAAGAACUUAUUUUAUCUCAAAAUCGACUAGAUCGAGCUUUAAAAUGGUUAUGGUUAGAUCAAGUUGCUAUUAGAUCUAAUCUAAAAUUAUUAGAUAUAAGUAAUAAUUUAUUACAAAAAUUACCACAUGAAAUUGGGAAACUUGAUAAUCUUGUAAAUUUGAAAGCCAGUCAAAAUAUGUUAUCAUAUUUACCUCAAAAUCUUGGAAAAUUGCAUAAUUUAAAAUAUUUGGACAUAUCGAAAAAUAAUUUACAUUGCAUACCUGGAAGUAUGAGAAAUUUACAUCUCAUUUCAUUAGAUGUAUCAAGCAAUCUAUUUCUAUCUACAGAUUCAUAUUCUAUAUGUACAAUGAAUGUACCAAGUUUAACUGAAUAUGCAGCCAAGUCAUUUCUGAAAACAAGAUGUUGGUAUGAUGCAAGUAUAAUUCCAUUCACAUUGGUAAAAUAUUUGGAUGAGGCAAAAUAUUGUGUCUGUGGUAAUCCAUGUUUUAAUUAUUACAUAAGAAAAUUUGUGAAAUUUAGUUUAAAUACAAUAGCAAAUAUUAUAAAAUCAUCAGAUACUACUGUAUUGCCAUUUGAUUGUUAUUUUUGUUCAAAAAAAUGUGUACGUUAUGCAAAACAACAAUACUAAAUUAAUUUAUUUGUG